AAGGUAAAAGCAUUGAAUUUCCGUCAUUCAAAAACCGCUAAAGGGAGAGGCCGAGGCAGCGCACUGCUGCCAUCGCCAUUCGUCACCCAUUCCCACACUUUUGGCUUUUCACUUUUAAGUACCUUCCCCAAAAUUUCAAUAAUAAAUUAUAAUUUUAAAAUUUUUCCUGAUUAUAGUAAAAUACCUUUGCUACUUUAUUCUUACGCCUUUGUUUCUUAUUCUUUGUAAUUCAAUUGUCACUCCCUGUACCCCUUUAUUAGUCCAUUUUCCCCUCCAUUUUCCUUUCCUUUCGUUCCUCGUUUCCCUUCUAUCCAAACACCCAAGUGCAUCAGUUUCUAAGUGUCCUUUAUUUUCUCCAAGUUCAUGGGAUUUUCUCCUCUGCUGCUGCCACUUUUGAAGCAGUGAAAAAAACCCUUACCACAAAGUGAUCCAAUAUUGAACUAUUCCAUUUGGAUGAGAUAUUAUAAUUGAGAGUUACGGUCACUUUCGGCAUUUUCAGAGACGCUAAGGUAGCUCUCGCGGCGGAGCGAGGGAGGUAAGAGAUUAAUUAAAAGAGAUGAACAUCGACGGUACGAGGGAAAGCGCGCCACAAGGGAACGGACAUGGCGGUCACGGCGGUAAAACCACGGACACGAUCUGGCGUCCUUUUGCGAUAACAUCAACCAGAUCUUCAGCCGUAUGCGUCGUCUCUGUACUCCUACUCGUCGGCGCGUUGAUCUCCACGCAAUUGCUCGACAGCUCUAAUUUUGUUGGCGGCUUAGCUCAAAUGCCACUACUAAGUACAAAAUCAAAAGGCGAGUUUCUCAAAAAGCACCGACAGCAAAUCGAAGUCCCACUCGACUGCAGUGCAUACGAGCUCACAAAAUCCUGCCCUAGAAGUUACCCGACAACAACCGAUGAAGAGGAUCCAGACAGUAAUUUAAACGCCACGUGUCCGGAAUACUUCCGUUGGAUCCACGAAGAUCUAAGGCCAUGGGCCUACACUGGGAUUACGCUGGACAUGGUGGAGAGAGCCAAGGCGACGGCAAAUUUCAGAUUGGUUGUACUAAACGGAACGGCUUACGUGGAGCAAUAUCAAAAGGCGUUUCAAACGAGGGAUGUUUUUACGCUGUGGGGGAUCCUACAGUUGUUAAGGAAGUACCCAGGCAAAUUGCCUGAUUUGGAUCUCAUGUUUGAUUGCGUUGACUGGCCGGUUAUCAAAUCAAUCGAUUAUGGUGGUCCCAAUGCUACCACCCCGCCACCUUUGUUUCGUUACUGCAAAGAUAAUGAAACACUGGAUAUCGUCUUUCCCGAUUGGUCUUUCUGGGGAUGGCCUGAGAUUCGGGUAAAAUCGUGGGUGCCAUUAUUAAAUGACCUAAUGGAAGGCAACCAAAGAAUGGGAUGGGACGAAAGGGAACCUCAUGCUUACUGGAAAGGCAAUCCCGAGGUUGCCGAAACCAGGCAAGACCUGCUUAAAUGCAACGUUUCCGACCAACAGGACUGGGGUGCUCGUGUCUUUGCCCAGGAUUGGAAAAAAGAAUCAAAGGCAGGCUACAAGACAUCAAACCUGGCAGACCAAUGUCUACAUAGGUUUAAGAUAUACGUUGAAGGGUCGGCAUGGUCUGUGAGUGAAAAGUACAUCCUGGCUUGUGAUUCGGUUACCUUACUUGUACAACCCCGAUACUUCGACUUUUUCACCAGAAGUUUGAAACCAUUGCAGCAUUAUUGGCCCAUUAAGCCUAAUGAUAAGUGCAGAUCUAUUAAGCAUGCUGUUGAUUGGGGCAACACCCACCAACAAGAGGCAAAGGCAAUGGGAAAGGCAGCAAGCGAGUUCAUUAAAGAGGAUUUGAAGAUGGACUACGUGUACGAUUAUAUGUUUCAUCUUUUAAACGAGUACGGUAAGUUGUUGAGAUACAAGCCGACCGUGCCAAAAAAUGCCGUCGAACUAUGUUCGGAAUCGAUGGCUUGUCCAGCCAAAGGAGUAAAUAAGGACUACAUGAUGGAAUCAUUGGUGAAGGGUCCCUCGGUUACGAGCCCAUGCACCAUGCCCCCACCUUACGAUCCGGCAUCUCUUCGUAAUUUGCUCAGUGAACAGGAGAAUUCGAUAAAGCAAGUUGAUGAAUGGGAGAAGAAAUUUUGGGAAAACCAAAAAGUAUAAUUUAACCACAGCUGUGUAUUGUUGCACCAAAGCUGGGUAAAUUUUUUCAUGUACGGUCCAUGUUUUGUACUAGUAGUAACCAGAAAAAAAAAAUCAAUAACACGAUGUUUAUUACGAUUGAUGAAUA